UAUGUCUCACAUAUUACAUCUUUCACGGGCGCUUUUCAUUCGUAAACAAGUGUCUGACGAGUGCGAAAGCAAAUUAGCGGAUCGUGAUAUCAAAAUUAAGUUUUUAUUUUUUUUUUUGGUGCUGCAACAAAAUAAUUUGCAGACUGUGCAAUAUUGUUGCUGAGUAAAAUCUUAUGCUUUCGAAGAUAAGAACUGACAGUUGUGUUGUCGAGUGACUUUAAAAAAAAGAGAGAACUAAUAAACUGUGACUAUCGUAGUUGGAUAUAGAAAAACUAGAAACUAAAAUAAGGGAGUUGAAUUUGUAGCAGAUGCAGUUCAUACACUUGAGCGAUUUUAAAUUGAAAAUUUAUAGCUAGCAAGAACUGCACAUGCAACCCUUAUGUGUGUGUAAAAAAUAGUAAAUUAAAGGCAUUGGUGGUAAAAUAUUGUAAUUCAAUAUGGAAUAGAGAUAGAGAUUAUUUGUGGAUACACACAAUGAUGCAAUGAAUAAGUGUUUCAAUUAUAUGUGAGCAUGUACGAGCGAGGAAAUUAGUGAUAUAUAAGCUGUAGCAUUCCCUACAGAACCACAUAGACAUACUUCCGAUACUUUAUUCCUUGUUUAUCGAACUGAGAUAUUGCGAGGAAUUCAAAUUAUUAUUUGAGCAUGCAUACAUGUUCAAGAUGAGAAGGCAUUCUGUAUGUUCAGGACAUAUGAGAGUAUAAAUUUAGCUAAAGGCAAAAGACAAGAAAAAAAUAAAAUUUCAGUGAUUUUGGCAUGCAUAGUGAAGCAUAAUUCAGUGAAAAACUUUUUUUUAUAUCCGUACGUAAAUUCAAGCAACAUACAAGAACCGAUUGAAGUUCAUUCAUGGUGAAAAAAAAAAUUAAAAAAAUAUUUUUUUGAAAGUCUAGAGUAGCUUUUGACGUUGUGGGUCUUCAGUGUUUAAAAAUUUUGAAAAAAAAAUUCUUAAAAAAAUCGAAAAAAUCUCAAUUGCCAAAAAAAAAGACAAAAUCAAAUAAUCCCAAUCAGCAUCUACAGCAACUAUAUUUCAAUAAAUAAGAAGAAGAUAGCCUUAGUGUGAGAAAUAAGGACGAGUAAAAAUUCUAAAGUGCUUGUUUAUGCUUGUCGGACGAGAUUUGCAAAGGAAAGAAUGAGGAUUUAAAGGAAAUGUUUUUAUCUAAUUUUCCCGACAGUUAGCAUUUUGAGGAGUUUGCACUAUCUACAUCCACACCGGUCUGCAAGCUCGAUUGUGCAAUUCGAAAGGAUACAAAAAAAAACUCAAUUAAUUUUUGCAAACGAACUUUUCAUGCUGAAUUUAUCAGCUUGUGAAACUUGUAAAAGCCAAACAAAAUAGAUUUGUGAAUAAAAAAGGAUAAUAUUAUUUUGAAUGGUCGAUUUUAAUACCAUAACGAGCUUUAACGAUUCCAACUUUUAUAUUUAAUAUCAUAUCUCGGACAAUUUGUGUAUAGUGCUGCAUGUGAUGUGAUGAAGCUCUAUCGAAGAAUUAAUUAAUAAUAUUUUAUUUCACAUCCAACAAAAUAAAAAAAAUCUCGAAUGACUGUACAUUUUAACUCAAACAUGGAGAUGAUAAAGCUUUUAGUGAAAAUUAUAAUCCUAUUUAUUUUCAUCAAUUCGCCGGCAUUGUGUAAAGUGAUAUCGAAUCAUCAGGCUGAAUUGGAUAGAAAAAUUAACGAAGUGAAUUAUGGUCGGUCGAGUGAGAGGCACUUGAACAUGAACUUCACGGAUACAUCAAUCAACCUCACUAAUGCCACUUCAGAAAUUACUUUAAGUAGAUCCGACAUCAAUUCCUUAACAACGCACAUGCCUUUAAACCAGCCUCGUACUAUCAACAAAAUCGACAGAUCAAUUCACAAGCUCAGUACGAAAAUUUCAGCACUUUUGCAUGGCGCGAAGAGAAGCUUUAAAACCUUUUUCAUGCACUAUUCACAUUAUGGUCCUGAGAUUGGAUUCUGUUCAUGUAUGUCAAAGUAUGCAUGGUAUCAUUAUCCAGUCGUAUCGGAUGUGACAUAUGCUACAUUAGGUAAUGCUCGUAAACAAAUGUCGACAUUCAUGGAAGACAUCAUGCGUGGAUUUACUCAAUCAUAUUACAAUGCGGACCAACAAGUGAUUAGUGCAAAAGUAGCACAAACAACUGACGAUGACUAUUAUGACUAUCAACAGAACUAUCAACAGAAUCAAAUGAUGACACAAGAUUACGGUCCAUCGCGUAGGAUUGGCAAAUAUGAAAGCGAAAUUUACCCUGAAAAUCAACAAAAUGUUCGAGUCAUCGAAAAGGCUGACCCAAAAUUGGUUCCGAUUGUUGAUAUGCUCAAGAAUCUACAGCCAAAGGUCAAUCAAAAUGACGGCUUCAUUAUUCGCUAUGCAAGAGCACUCAAUUCAUAUUCACAGUAUUUAUCCGAUGAGGAAAAAAAGCUUUAUGUCAAUAAGGAUAAAAUCAGAAAAUAUCCGAAAAAGCAUCAGCAUGAGUCGACAAGAAAGAUGAAUGAAACAUCUGCGGGUAGCGUUAACUCAUCAUCAAUUAAUGAAGGACGAAGCAUGGGAGAUGAAUUUUCAAAUAACAGAAGAGUUCUCGUUCCAGGUGUACCGUCGGGUCUGCCAUCGUACGAAGAAUUGCCACCUGCUGACUAUACCUACGUCAAGAACAACGUAGUUCAUCAUGUUCAUGAUCUCAGGAAUGGCAAAAAUCCCCGUCCAAAGAGAACCUUUAUGGAUGGAUUCUUUUCAGGCAAUGUUGAGGAGAAAAUUCUUAACUGGAUGGGAUAUCCACGACCCGAUAGAUCAUUCGGAGCUUAUAAACCAACAAUUGCAGAUUGUGUUAAAGGCUAUGGCAGUUCUAUCGUUAUGCGUCACGUUCAUAUGCUCUUGUUUGGCUAAACAAUUGUCUAUAUUGAAUGUCAGACACAACAUUAGGCUUAAAUAUUGUGAAUGCUUCAUGUAAUUUGAUGAAUUUUAAAUGGUUCCAUUGGGCAUUUUAUUUGAUUUUGUAUCAUUUUAUCUUUAGGAACGUAAAUCAUACUUUAGAAAUUAUUCAAGAGAGAAAAAUGUAAACAGCAUAUUUUGUGCCUUAUAAAAUGAAAUUGACGCCAUCAAAGUUCUAUGAAUGAAUAUCGUUUUGUUGUUUUGUAAGUUUAUGGGUUAUGUCAGGGUUGGAAAAUGUUUUUAGUGGUACCUAGUGUUGAAUGGUCUGGAAAUCUUUGAUUUCUGGUUAUUAAAAGUUGAAUCUCGAGCGAAAAUGAGGUUUAAUUGGCUAUUGCUGCUCAGAAAAUGAUUGAAGAUGAUCGUAAUAGUUUGAAUGUUGGAGUUAUUGCUGAAGAAGUCAUUCAAUUGAUCAUUUUUGCCAGGGGUGGCGAUCAGAAAUCUUGCCGUUAAAUUUGAAUCCACGCUAACACUAUCAAACAUCAUCCAAAAAUAAACAUUGAAUUUGUUUGUUAAAAAUUACCUCAAGUCUUUGUUUAGAAUACGAUUAUCAUUAAGCUUUAUUCAUCAGGAAUUACUUUUCUGCAGCCAGUUUAGACCUUCAAUUAAUUGAUAAAAUGUGAAUUUUCCCAAAAAACAAAAAUUAAUGGCAUGUGUUCAGAAAUUCAAAUUUUUAAAUUUAACGAGAAAAUAACGAUACUUUUUGAUUUCUGAACACAGAAAUAAGGUCCGUCCGACCCGUGGAAUUUUAGGUUCAUAACUUUUUGAUUUCUGAACACAAAAGUGAGGACCAUCCUCCACCCAUGGCAUUUUUGGUUCAUAAAACUCAGCAAUUACAUAACCUAAAAGAAUCUUCAAUGCUUUCCAGCCCAGAUUUAAUUAAACAAGUCCAAGAACUUUACACAAAGCGACGAAAUGAAAUAAUCUUAAAGUGUAAAUAUUAUAAAAGUAAUUUAUGAUGUUAAUUAAAUUAUUAUGAAAUAAAUUAUUAUGAUUGAUGAGGUGAUUGUAAAGCAUAGUAAAAUCAGAGAGAAUAUUUUCGAGCAUAUUUGUCAAGUAAGACGAAUAAAAAGAAGUGAAAAGAAUGAAAGAGAAAUGAAAUAAGUGCUGUUGAAAUUGAAAGCAUUUUCACUAGCUUAAAACGCAUUUUCUAUUGGAAUAACUGGUUUAAAUGUUAAGAAAGAAGCAAUUAGUCUUCAUUUGUCUAUUUAUAGAGAUUAUGAUGAAAGCUGAUGUGCUUUAAAAUAAUAAUAAUUAAUUUAUAUUGAAUUUCGAUGCAUUAUUUUACUUUUUUUGUAAAUGAGAGUCUGUAGACUCAAUCAAGGUUAAUCCAAGGCCAGAUAUAAAUAAUUAUUAAGAGAUAUUUCCAUUAUUUAUUUUAAUAAUUCGUAAGAUUUCACUUUCAUCUGACAAUGCAUUGUGGCUUAACAAGAUAAUUUUUUAUGGGUCAAUUUCACUAAAUAUUUGUGGUUCCCUCGAUUUUGAACUGCUCACCUUUUUAAUGAUGCUUGGAAUUCUCACGAAAUUUGUUUGAAUUUGAUUAAUUAAUGGCAUGCAAGUGAAAUUUUUAAAAUCUAUUGGAAGCUGAGUUUGGAGUAGAAAUGACAAACACCAAGUUUCAAAAAAUUUCCAAAAAUUCUUGUUAAGCCAUCAAAGGUGUGGAACUGAUUCAAUCAAACCUCACAACUUCCACUCCCUUGAUUAUCAUUAAAAUAUUCACAUUCAAUCCAUAUUGGUUCAUAUUAGUAUCAAAAUAUUUUUGAAAAAAUUAUAGCUAGACAUAAAACUAUAAAGAAAGCUCAGUUAAAUGAAAAAGAAGAAAAAUAUCCAUUUUUUUCUGAACCACGAUGUAGCUUUAGAUUUAAUAUUGUUAUUGUUACUUUGUUAUAGUACUCAGUGAUUUAUCAUGAGCAUAAAUAUUCAACUCAUAAUAUAGGAAGAAAUGGAAUAAGAAGGGAGCAGGCGUCAUUACUUGUAAUGAAAAAAAAAAACUUUAAGAAAAAUAAGAAGGGAUGGGGACGUUCAUAAAUGAUGUUUGUAGAAAAAUAGGUUUUUUGAUGCAGCUACUGUCUAGAUGUGGAGUCUAAAAUUAAUUGAUGGGGAAUUCGAAUAUUAAAUUUCAAUAGCUGUCAUCAAAACUUUUAGAGGGGGUCCAGACUCUCCUGACGACACCCCGCUACACUCUUGAAAAAGUUUAUGACUUGAUAACUCUGAUUCGCAAAAGUAAAAUUGAAUCGCAGUGCCUCCAGCUGAAAGGCUGGGGCCCUUCACAAAUUAUUUAACUUUGAUUCUAAGGCGUGUAGACAGAGGGGAAGGGGGGAGAUUUGAAGGACAUAUCCCCCUACAUUAACAAAAAAUUCUUCAUUUUACAAGGCUUUUUAUGAAAAAAUCCCCACCCUCCCCCCAAUAUUCCAUGAAAUAAAUUUUUUUGUCCCCCCCUCUUCAAAUUCCUGGCUACGUCCCUACUUACUCGUAUAGCACAAGUCGGUUAAUCGAUCAGAGAUCUGAUACUAAUCCAACGUGACUCUGGCAUUACGCUGGAAUCAAUUUAAAUCCUGCUUCAUGACAGAGUCACACCGGCUGAGGGUAACAUUCCUAAGGCAAUCAAUCAAGAAGAUUUAGUAGAGUAGAGUCCAGGCGCAUAGCCAGGAGGGUCUUGUCCCCGCUUAAACGUUUUAAAACGAAUCGUAAGCACGGCCUAAAACGCUUAAGAGGGGAACAACACCUUCCUGGCUACGCGCCUUGUAGAGUCAAUUAGUUAUCUACCUACAUUGACCUCCCCAAAUCAUAAGAAAAUUAAUUAAAAUUUCAAGAGUUUUUAUAAAAUAAGAUUUUUCAAGAGUUUUUAUAAAAUAAGAUUUUUCAAGAGUCCCCUUCAUCUUAGGCAUUGCUGACUAUUCAAGAACGUUUUUUAUGAAUAAUCCCCAGAGAAAAAAAAUCAAAUGAGAAAUAAUAACAUUUUUUGAGGUACCCCUAGUCGAUAGAAAUACACAAAUAUUCGCCUUCCACGCAAAAAUUAUUAUUAUUAUUUUUUUCUGUGGCUACAAAAGGAAGGCGAUCAUAAAUUUGGCAUUAAGUGUAUUUAUUAUGUAAUUUUACGUAGCGAAAAAAAACGUGAAUUUUCAUUUUUCAUUUAUUUAUUUAUUUAUUUAUUUUGCCUAUUUAUUAUUUAUUAUUUAUUUAUUUUAAUGUUUAAGUAGAAUACUUCCUUUUUUGCUCUUGAUUGUUAAUUAUGAUUUCCGAGCGGAAAAUUAAGGACGAGGAAGAAAAAAAAAGUUGUUGUAGACGGUACUUAAUGUACAUGAAAAAGCAUUUAAUAAAUUUUCAUUAUUGAAAAAGCAAAUAAACAUCGAUUAAUUAACG